ACAUAAAAUCCUGUCAUCAGCCAUCACCACCCUCCAACCUCUCCCCCGUCUUUCUCUUCUCCCCUGGUCUUUGGCAGAUUUUCCUCCACCCGUUCGCUCCUUCCCUCCCUCCCUCCUCUCCUUCUCCCUACCGCCCGCCCGCAUCGAUCUCUCCGAAUUCUGUCCCCCCACCUAGCUGCCAUCCGUCUCCCUCCACCGAUUGACUGGCUUUUCCUCCGUUUCUUGGGGCUGGUUCUUCCCUCCAUCUCUCUUGGCUGGAGAGGAUCGGCAGGAGAAGGAACCAAGGUGGAUGCCAAGAAGUUUGAUGCCUGCUUGGAGGAUUCUGGUUCUUCCGGCGAGCCGUUGAACAUCUCGGGACCGGCCCCUCCCACGGUCUCACUUGAACCGCUGGAGAAGAGGCGAGCAGCAUCUGACAUGCUAUUGCUGCAGAACGAUCUGUAGAAGGACACCCCUUUACCCUUUCGAUAAUGCAAGGGCAGAGGAAUUCCGUCGAACAGCUGGCUGACGUCUUUGGAUUCGACCAUGGGUCUGGUUCAGGCAACCCUGUCAUGGACCAGCAGGCGUACUGGAACAGCAUGCUUGGAGCAGCAGAAUCUCAGAACCUCCAAGGUUACGAGAUGAACCGCGGUGACGGGGCCAUUCCGUAUGGAGGCGAGGGGCAUCAAGACGGACAGUUCUUGGGUUUCUGGGGGUCAGGUGAAGCUAGUUCGAGCGGCAAUGCGCUGAACAUUGGUGGUGGUUUGAGGAUCGGUGAAAGGCGCCUGGGUGCUGAACACAGCCUUUCUUUGGAUAAUGUGGAUAUCAACCUUAACGCCAGUGGCCAUGAUCUCUUUGGUCAGAGCUCAAAUGCGAAUGCCACCUCUCAAGCCUCACAGCAAAAUGCUGGAUGUUCCCGUGCUGAUACCACAGCCCAGGCUACUGAGCUUAGAUUGCAUCCUUACAGAACUUUCGGUUUAGACGACGAGCAGCCAGAGCCGUUCCCUUCUUUGAAUGCUUUCGAACAUCCUUUGGGGAAUUUCUCCCUGAUGCCAGAGGACAUUGAUCAAAGACCAGGCAGUUCCCUGGACGGCCGGCGUUUAGCGUGCAAGAGGAAAAACAUUGAAGGAGUCCAUGGGCAGUUUUCAGCAGGUGCUAGCACAAGCUUUUCCCACAGAAAUGAUAAUGCCUUCCAUAGUGUUCCUUCUUCAAGUUUCAAUCCAGCUCCUGGCCCAAAUGUGUCCUCUCAUAACUUCUUGUUAGCUCCAAGUUCCAUUGAGGAACAACUCCCGAACUAUGGAACUACUACAGGAAUGUCAUCUGUUAGCUACAAUCCUCCUAGUGGAGGCAAUAACAGUUCAGGAAAUUCACAGAGAAGUUUUCGGGCAAGAACUACAACCGCUCAGCAGGUUAGCCCCUAUGGUGUAUGGCCCUCUUCAGGUUCUAUCAGGCAUCCAGGUUCAUAUUACCACCAGGCGCCUGCCUUUCAGAGCGCAUUUGAUGAACUAGAAGCGGCUAUGCCUGUGGUCAGUGGAAUCAACUUGCAAUACCAGCAUCCUGGAAAUGUAGUCCCUGGUAUUCCACAAACUGCACAGCGUUUCGCUGGUCGAGCAGCGGCUUCAUCGUCGAGAGCAGGAAGUCUGGACAACAUAAUUCUUGGUAGAGAGGAUGUGAGGAAUCUUGUAGUUCCCAGCUUCCCUAAUGCUGCCCCUCACUCUGCACUAAACAUGAGACAUCUGGUGCCAGAAUUGUCUAACUGGAAUCCUGACAUUCCUGGUGCUACCAUCCCUGGAAAUGUGUCUUCUGUAUCAAGAGCUAAUGCCACUUCAACGAUUAGUCGACCAGCAGGCUCAACAUCUAUCGCUCAUCAGAACCUGCAUCGACGGCAUCCUAGAAAUUUAUCAGAGGAGAUAGGUCGUCUAUCUGGAGCGCUUCGUAGUCAGCAGCACCCGCGCUUAAGGUCAGGGUUUCUAUUGGAACGUCAGGGUGAUGGUGUUUGGGGUGUUCCGUUACCAAUGAGGAAUAGCAGGGAGGGAAGGCGAUUAAUGGAGAUACGGAAUGCACUAGAAAUGAUUCAGAGAGGGGAGAAUGUCAGAUUUGAGCAGUCUAUUUUCUAUGGUGGUGUCGAGAUUCAUGAUAGACACAGGGAUAUGCGUCUUGACAUCGACAAUAUGUCUUAUGAGGAACUAUUAGCACUGGAGGAAAGAAUAGGAAAUGUUAGCACUGGGCUCACCGAGAACGAUGUGAUGAAGCUCCUGAAGCAAAGGAAAUUCUCGUCGUGGAGAUUAUCAUCUAUGGAAUUUGAGCCAUGUUGUAUUUGUCAGGAAGAUUACGUGGAAGGUGAUGAUCUUGGGACGCUUCACUGCGGGCACGACUUCCAUGCCAGCUGCAUCAGCCAAUGGCUAGUGGUGAAGAACCUCUGUCCGAUCUGCAAAAGCACCGCCCUGAAGACCUAAGACAGCUGCAAGGCUCGUCGGUGGCACCGCAAUAUCAUUUUAUUGAUUCAUAAUACCGCAACUUUUUUGGCCAAAAGGGUUUUGCAUUCACCUAAAGCUCGAUAAAGAAAAAAUUCCAAAAUUCCUUGAAAAAAAGUUUCAAAACUGGUCAUGGUUUCAAAAACAAAGAAGGGUUCAAAACUGGUAUUACCUGUAAGCCGCCGGGCGUGUCGCGGCAAAUAAUCCUGGGAUCUGUGUCUAGUACUCAUUUGACUAAAUAUUCAUCAUGGAUUCGUGGCAUAAUUGGAUGCUAGUUUAAAGAUGACUUGUUGCCAUCA